UUCCAAAUUUCCGUUGAUUGCUGCCUGCCAUUACUGCCACUCGUCCCUCUCCCACCGACAUUUCCCUGUUUGCUUUCCCUUCCUUUCUCAUUCCCCAAAGCAAAAGCGAUAACGUUAAAACACAUAAAAACUCGAAUGUCUUGAAGAAAAGCACCCCAAGACCGAUUCACUAUCAUCAUCUAAAUCACGACACUCAUUAUGUACGCGUUGAAAGAGAAAGUGACGGAUAGGCUCUCCCGUUUCUUCGCCGAUUCCCCCAACUCCUCUUCCCCCUCCUCCUCCUCCGCUUCUCCCUCCCCUCUGGCCAGGCCUUGUUCUAAAGGGGAGAAAUCUUUGUCUUCAUAUUUUUCUUACCUUAUUCCUUCAGCCGGCUUUGGAUCGAGAUCAAAUGAGCAUCAACAUGGUCUCAAACCAAUUCAAGCACACCCUGCUCAACAUAGAAAUGCGAACUUUAAAGCUCUAGAUGAAUCCUUGGACGACUAUGUAAAAUAUAGUCCAACAUAUGACAAGAAGGUAACACCAAUUAAUCAAGAAGAUUAUGAAGAGCUGACUUCAGGAAGGAGCAUUAGUGGGUCUGAAGGGUUUGAAGAUGCAACCGAUCAACACAGUCCACAGAAGCCUUUACCCUAUCUCAUGGAUGAGUCUGCUUUUAUUUCCACAGAUUUGUAUGAGUUCUUGUUGUCGUCCCUUCCUAAUAUUGUCAAAGGAUGCCAGUGGGUGUUGCUGUACAGUACGUUGAAACAUGGUAUAUCACUGCGUACACUUAUUCGCAAGAGUGCCGACCUUUCUGGCCCUUGUUUGCUGAUUGCUGGUGAUAGGCAAGGUGCUGUGUUUGGUGGGUUGCUGGAAUGCCCUUUGAAACCUACAACAAAGAGAAAAUACCUAGGAACAAACCAAACAUUUGUGUUUACAACCAUAUAUGGUGAACCGAGACUAUUUAGACCAACUGGAGCCAAUCGAUAUUAUUACUUGUGUUUGAAUGACUUACUAGCAUUUGGUGGCGGUGGUAACUUUGCCUUGUGCUUGGAUGGAGAUCUGUUAAGUGGAACCAGUGGACCGUGUGAAACAUUUGGGAGCUUGUGCUUGGCUCAUAACCAAGAGUUUGAUUUAAAGAAUGUUGAGCUUUGGGGUUUUACGCAUGCAUCGCAUUACCUUACCUAAGAUGAGGCUCCCAGAUCUGUCUUUCUUAAUUUAUUAUGAUCCUAUUCUUUAUUCAUUUACAUUAAAUUUGCCUCCUUUUUUAUUUUAAGGAGAGGUAUGAUGAUAUCUCAGAUGAGGGAUUUUCCAUUUGGUGAAUUGAUAGAUUUCUAAACUAAUUAAAAAUUGCUUUCUGGCCA